AUGGCGGCCGAGGAUGACAGUGAAUCAAUGAAUUUUCAACUCUUUUUAAGGGAUUUUCAACACGUUAUAGACUAUUUGGGAACUCAAAGAAAGUUAAUGGAUGCUCAUAUGGUAGACUACUUCACAUCAAACCACUGGGAAACUCUUCUACCGCUACACAUUAGGAAAGAUUUGGAAUCGCUUUCACCGCUAGAACUCGCAUCUUUGCCAACAGCUUGUAAUGAUGAAUCCGAAACUUUUGAUAAUGUUGGACACCAUCUAAAGAAUUUUCUCAACGAAGCAAAAAUGGCGCAGCUCAAAAGUUUUUCUUGGUUAAAAGACGCAAAGGAGUUUUCAAGUGAGCUCAAGGUUGAUUUUAUUUCACACAUCAUGAGUCCAAAGAAAUCAUAUGAAGUGGAAGUUAUGUCAGAUGUAGUUCACAGGAUGGCCACGCAGUUUAACGUUCGUAAGGUCAGUUUCAGCCUAGUAAGAAGCAACAGAUAGAAUACAUUGACACUAAUUGUAUCUCACUGAAUUGCAAGAAUGCUCUUAAUUCAGAGAUGCAAACCUCUGAAGACCUAAAAUCUGGCAUUGUCACCGUUUGUAAAAACACAUACACACAUAUGGCUUUUAUGAUUGUAAUGCCAAAAUAAACUUUGUUAGUGAUGGAAUACGUGCCAAAAUGCCCCAGGAACCAAACUAUUAGUCAAAGAAAAUUGGAAUUUUAGGAGAAAACUGGAUAAAUUCCAAAUUAAAGCACAGACCGGGGGCGCUUUCCAUUUACGAAAAAAACCCGGAAAUUUCGGUGUGUUGAUUUGGUCCGGACCGACCUGGAACUGGUACAAACUACAAGAAAUGUCAAUGGAACUCCCAGAUAAUUUUCUGGAAGAACCGACGAAACGUUUCCAUUUACCGGCAUAUCUGCAUACCUGUAAUCUGGAAGAGUUGGCAUAUCUGCAUACCUGUCUAAGAAAUAUGCAAGUAUAUGUUAAUGUACCACAUUUGCAUACACCAGUCACCUCUCUAAUCAUUUUAAAACAAAACUGAAAAACAAACUACAACAAAAAAAGUAGUAGCAAAGAAAAAAAUGAUCACAUAAAAAUUCCUUCGUCACCAUAAAAUGGUACAUUAUUAUAAAUGUACUGUAAAUGAUAAAAUGUAGGCUUCAUUAAUGGUCUGAGUGUUAUUAUUUUAAUUUCCUAGAUUUUAGAUCUUGGCAGUGGGAAAGGCUAUCUCAGUCAGAACUUAGCGUUGCAGUAUGGAUUAAAAGUUGUAGGAGUUGAUUCUUCACUAAGCAAUACACAGAAUGCAGUGAAAAGAAAUGAGAAGCUUUUAAAAGCAUGGAAUGGGCUAGUGAAGAAAUCAUGUGGCGAAAAAUUAAAAAUGUCGAACAGCCAAUCUGACAAGGAAAUUAUGUUGGGAAAUAGUAACUUGGACUCUUGCUCAAAAUGUCCUUGCAGUUUAUCAGGUAGUAUUGGCAACAAUGAUAAAAACUCUGGUGGUUUGGAACAGAAUAGUGACAUUGACAACAAACAAGAUCUGUAUUUUAAUAAACUGAAAAACAAUUUCAUUGAUAAUGGACAAAUUGUACCAUUAUGCUCAAAAUAUGAAACUGAUCAUAAAGAUAGUACAAUUUCUGUUGAUUCUUCAAUACUGUUGUCUUCUGAAUGUUGUGACAUGGAUACAACUUAUGACCCUUUAGUAUUUUCAAAAUGUGAACAACAUCAUCACAAGAAUGCACUUGUGAGAAAUAUUUCUAGGGAUGAAAACUACUGUGAGAAGAAACAGAGUUCAGAUCUACCUGCUAAUGGAGGGAUAACCAGUUGUGAACAGUCACAGAGUGCAAACUCCAAUUCUUUCCUACCUGUAACUGGUUUUGUUGAUCAGUCAUUUGUUGCCAGUGGAGAACUGAAAAGGCUCUUUGAUGAGCUGUUCUAUUCUCCUGAAAACUCUUCUGCAGUAUCAAAUGGACUAUUCUUGGUUGGAUUGCACACAUGUGGUGACUUAGUUCCAAUGGCUUUGAGAAUCUUUGUCAAUGAACCAUCGGUGAAGUUGAUUUGUGUAGUUGGAUGCUGUUAUCAUCUUGUGUCACAACAAUUUGGUAAGAAUUCCCCUCUGCAGUUUACAGUAAAAUUAACAAUUUGUUUAGUAACUAUAAUUAUCAGUUCCAAUCUUGAGUACUUUCACUUCCAAUUACCAUAUUUUCUCCAAUUCUGAUUGGUUUAAAUCUCUCUAGCUAAUUUCUUGUAACCAGUUAGAAUUGAACAUGUUUGGCAUUCCUUAAAUAAUGUGAUUGGCACAGCCAUUGAAUAAUUAUAAUAAAGAUAAGUAAUAAUAAUAGUAAUAAUAAAUUAUUGAAUGAUUGAUGUCAUACAAACACUGUGGCAGCCAGCUGUUUUGGCAGUUCACUGCUUGGGAAGAUGGUAGAAUAUAUUGUAUUUUAAGAUUGUUAUAUCGUGACCUUGUUUCCUGAUAGUUGUGUUACAUUAUGUGAAGUUAUGUCACAGCUGUGUUACAUGUACAUCAAUGCGCUUGCGCAGAAUGAGUAUGGGGAAUAAAAGAACUAGAGCUGUUAUGUUCAGUGUGGCUCAUUUUGUCUAAUACUUUUGUCCCUGGACUUCCAAGUUACAACAAAGAUGAAAUAGCAAUAUUUUUGCAGACUCAAAAAGAUUGUGAGAAUACAGACAAAAUGCCCCCUGCAGGUGUCUACUGCUUAUUCUUGUCCUGUAGAUGCUGAGGAACUGGCGAAUGUUUUUUUCUACGAGGAGGUAGAGAUGUUAUGAGCAGGAUGUAAGGAUGUUACAUCUCAAUUUCUUGAUAAUAUAUUCUCUGCAGGAUCUGAUGUUAACUGUGUCUCAGAUGAUCCAGGUUUUCCAAUGAGCCAGUUUUUAAAGCCUUUCAAACUUCAUGUGAGCAGAAAUGCCACCAUGGUAGCUCAGCAGGUAAACAAUGGGUACCAUUUAUACCAUUGAUCUCAAAUGUCCCUUGAAAUCAUACAAGCUGAUAGUUUUUAGCCUGUGUAGCAAGCAUUUCUGCUUGAGUUAAUGCACAAAAGCUGGAACUACUAGAGCAGUAACUCAAGCACAAAUGCUUGCUGUGCAUGCUAGAUCAUUUUAGGUGUUGCAUUGACCUAUAUCAUGAUAUUUGUAGUUUGUAAAUUUUCAUUUUAUCCUUUUAAGUCGUUAGAAUUUGUUUUUCCGAUAGUUAAAUGUUUUAGUCUGAUUGUAUUUUUAUUACUUUUUUUGCCUUUCUUAGUUGUCUAGCCGUUUUAGCCUUUUAAUUUUAUAACUAUCACUAGUUUAUUAGAUUUGAUUGUUAUUAGUAGUUUUAAUAUUAUUUAAUCUCAGUCAGAGAACCUCCCUGAAAACCACUUUAUGUGGUGGGAAUUUCCUCUAUAAAGAUUAUUUUAUUAUUAUAUUAUUAUGAUUUAUUGAAUGCAAUUGAUUUUGAGUGGCUUACAAUGUAGUUUUGAUUCUAAUUAGCUUAAUGUUUGUAAAGUACAGUUCCCCUGUUGGUAUAAAUGUAGGCCUUUUAUGGAAAAACAAUUUAAGAAAGGGCUAGGUACUUUUUACCAGUAAGGAAAUUUGUCUUAAUUGAUUGUUUGUAUGUGACAGUUACACAACAAUGUUAGUAUCAUUAGCUGAUAAUCAACUACACUUCAAAAUGUACUGAAUUUAAAUGAGAAAUAAUUAUUAAAUAGGUUUACUUUAUAAAAUAAUAAUUUAUCAUUAGGUGAACGAGAUAUACAGCAAGAGAACUUUUAAUAAUGAAUAUUUGAAUAAACUAUUAAAAUAUUUCUUUUUCUACUUUUCCAAUUUUUUAAAGUCAUUUCUUUUGUUCAUACAAGACUUGUUUGUUUAAUACAGUGAGCAGUCUUAAGCAGGCCAUUGUUUGUCUUUCAGGCAGCAGAUAGAAUUUCUUCUGAAUCAAAGGUACAUUUUUUAAAAAAUUAAAUUAACACUGUGGUUUAACUUUCAAGCAAAAGUGUCUCUUGUACUCGCUUAAUUUGUGUCAAAAGCUAUUGUCUGAGUUAGAGUGAAUGAAGUAAGUCAUGAUCAAAGAGAAGAAAAUAAUUACAUGUACAAUAUUUUUAACACAAUAUUGCGUAUUGAAUUUACACAUUUAUGAGCCUUGCUCUCCAUCCACAGAGUGUCCACCCAUACAGUGUUUGAAGGUCCUAAGCCAGAUUGGGGUGGGGUGGGCGAGGCAUCUCUUUAUCUGACAUGCUGAUCAGGGUAUGGAGUUUAGGAUCUUGAGUCUUACAACAAAGUAUUCAGUUGCAUCAUUUAGCAUCUUGAACAGGGUGUCUUUUUGGACUGGAAGGCAGUGUAAAGAGGUCAUGAUCUGUAUUUAUUUGUGGUGCCAAGUAUUAUUUUUUUACAGAAAAAAAAAAUUAAUUCCAUUUUCAUUUUGAAAAAAAGAACUUUUUCUGUAUGCAAAGCAAAAUGAAUCAAGGUCACAGAAUAAGGCAUCCAAGUGUUUUAAACAGGGUAUAUACCUAGACACUAUGUCUGUGAUGGUUGCAUUUCUCUCAUGCAGAUUUAGUGUCAGGAUUUUCAUAUACACAUUUUGUUUCAUUUUCUGAUCUUUAGGUUCCUCCUCCUAGUGUUCUGUUCAGAGCAAUCUUACAGGUGAAUAAAGUCGACACUAAUUUGUUUUUUUAAUUUGUGUUAAAACGUGAAUCACUUUGAGAUAUUUACUGUUUUCUUGGUCCUACCUCCCCUGAAGCAGACAGUUGACACCCAUACUCUUAAAUGAAUGCUCUCUGGUUUCAAUUAGUGUCUGCUUACUGUAUGCAGAAAAAAAAUUGGUUAAACUACCUUAAUACAGUAAGCAUAUAUUAAUAAUUUUUCCGCCAGCCGUUGCUUAAAAGUGCAUGAUGUAUGAAGUCAUACAAAUCAUCCUUAGUGUUAAUUUAUCAGAGGAAAAUGUAACUUUUUAAAAACCAGAAAAAAAAAUUGGGCCAUAACAUGUACACUGUACCUGAUAACGUAAAAGUUCAUUAGGGUUCCAUUUGAUCUUUAAAGGUUAUUUUAAAGGAAAAGUUUGGCUUGGAUGGCAGGUUUGUAAGCUUCAUAUUGUACUUAAACACUUUUGUUGAAAAGCUAGAGUACAUGUAUACUAGAUUAAACAGUUAACAGAACUGUUUGACACAUGAAAACAAGCACUGAUCGUGUUAUUAUCAUUAUAAGUAGUAUCAUUGUUGUUAUCAUUUUUAUUGUCGUCAUCAUCUUCAUUAUUAGAAUAACUUUCCUUCUAUGAUAAAACUAUUUUCAGGGGACUGCAUGUUGGUAAAGCUGGCUCAAAAUGCAAAACCUUUAAGGAGUAUGUACAUAAAUGCUUGAACAAGCUUGGUUUGCAGGACCGCAUUUGUGAGGUUUGAACUACCUUUUAGAUUGUUUGUUUGUCACCUAUAUCUAAAUGUUUUGCCAUUGUGAUUAAUGUCUUCUAGUGAUGAUUAUGCGCCAUACAUUAAUUUGGUCACUUUUGAUCGUAACUCUGUUGAAAAUUAAAAAUAAUUGUCACAUACAGUAACAGACAGUACAUAUUACUGGUGUUGAGCACUGUUUAACUCUCUUUGUCUGAAUUUAUAGUUGUCAGACGAAGAAGUAGAACUAUAUCAUGAAAGAUUUAAAAGUCAUGAAAACCAGCUGCAUGCUUUUCACCAGGUUAGUUCUCUUGAUGUUUUAUUAACUGUUAGACUAGCAUGAGUUUCUCAUUUGAAAAAGGGAGUCUGUUCAUAGGCCAGCAACUAAACUAACCAGUUUGUGACAAGCAACAGUUGUACCUUGGAUGUGUACUCUACGACAAAAGAAUUUGGCCACUACAAAUUGGCCCCGCCCAUGUAUGGAAAUCUGGAUUCCAGAGUUGCUUGUGGAAUCCGGAAUCUGGGAAAUUUUUUCUUGUUGAAUUUGGAAUCCAGGGCUUUGGAAUCUGGAAUCCCACUAAUGAUUAGAAUCCGUCUUCCAAGUACCACUGAAUAAGACUGGAAUGUGGAAUCCACAGCACAGAAUCCAAAAUCCAAGCCUGUCCUGGGUUCCUUUACAUGGGGUGAACAACUAGUACAGCUUACUAGUAUUUGGAUAUCAAAUAGUGAUUUUUAUUACAUUUGUUACCAGUAGCUGGCCUGUUUUAAUCGAGAUGAAACAUAAUAUUCCAGGAACCUUUUCCUCUUGAUGGCAUCUCUUCAUCUAGUUUUUAAGACAUCCUAUGAACUUGUGGUGGAGUAGCCUGAGAAAACAGCCAACCUUUCACGACGCCAUCACGAGCGCAGAAAUUGCAUACUGAUGACGUGUUACUACCCAGAUCUUGGUAGUGCUUCUGAUUGGUUGAAGUAAAUUUCUCAUGCAGCACGACCAAUCAGAAGCACUAUCCAGAACCGGGUAGUGACGCGUUAUCAGUAUGGAAUUUCUGUGCUUGUUUCUCAGAAGCCAUUUCGCGGGGAAACCAGUGGCGGUGUCACGAAUUGUCGGCUUUUUUGUCAGGCUUAAGUGGUGGAGUGUUGCGUAAAUUUCCCAUCUUUUCUGUUUGACAGCUGAGGGCGGCGAUUGCCCCAUGUAUUGAGAGUGUGUUUCUCCUGGACAGGUUGUGCUACUUACAUGAAAAGGUACUUUUUUACACCGUCAUCUGGAUUCUCUGUAUUUGUUUAUGUCAUGACAUAACGUCUUUUUUUGUGAGAUUUUGUUGCGUUUUUUUGUGAACACAAAUUUUGAAAUUAUCUCGCUUCAUUCAUAUUUCGUUUGUUUGCCUUUAUUGUGCGUUUAUUUUUCUGUUAGAAUAAUAACAUUAUACAUGUAGCAGGAGCUAUAAUCGCUUAUGGCUCCUGACUAUGGUUGACAUAGUUUUACGUUUUCUUGGGUUUUACUUAUCGUCUCUUGAAAUCUCUUUCUCAUCAGGGUUUCAAGUCAGCGUCUAUUGUCAGGUUAUUUGAUCCUGUCAAGUCUCCAAGAUGCUACGCAAUCAUUGCAACUAAGGAAUAAAAAAACACAAGACUUGUGUUAUGACGUCAUAAAUCC